AUGGUUUCAGCUGGCAAGUUACAGCUGGAUUAUAUAGAAGAUGCCAAUAAGGACAGCUCGACAGCCUCUGCAAUUGGAAUCAAUCCCGGUCCUAGGGUGCUUCAACCGCCGGAAUGGAUCGCUGCUCUGUCUCCCGAGGAGCGUGUUGAUCUCGAAUCCAAAUUGAAGAGAAAAAUUGAUCUUAGAUUGUUACCGAUGGUGAUCUUGAUGUAUAUCAUGAACUAUCUAGACAGGAACAAUAUUGCAGCAGCACGGUUAGCGGGAAUGGAGGAAGAUUUGCAUCUAGUAGGAGACCAAUAUCAGACUUGCGUCAGUAUUCUCUUCGUCGGAUACCUCCUGAUGCAAAUCCCAUCGAAUUUAUUCUUGAAUAAGCUCGGUAAACCCGCAACUUAUCUACCGAUAGCAAUGAUCCUUUGGGGUAUAAUAUCAACUGCUACAGCUGCAACCCACAAUUACGUGGGUCUUCUCAUGUGUAGAUUCUUCCUCGGUUUCGUUGAGGCUGCAUACUUUCCUGGAUGUCUCUACUAUCUCUCGUGUUGGUACACUCGAAAGGAAUUGGGUCUGCGCACAGCAUUCCUGUAUGCGGGAUCUUUGAUUAGUGGAGCCUUCUCUGGUCUCAUCGCCGCGGGAAUCACGGGGGGGAUGGAUGGUGUGAGAGGACUCUCUGCUUGGAGAUGGCUUUUCAUCAUUGAGGGUUCCAUCACAGUGGUUAUAGCCGCUUCAAGUCACUUUAUCAUUCCCAACUUUCCGCGCACUACAGCCUGGUUGUCGGAACAGGAACGUGAAUUGGCAGUGUGGCGUUUAGAAGAGGAUAUCGGUAUGGACGACUGGGUUGAUAGUCAUCAGCAAACAUUCAUGCACGGCUUGAAGCUCGCGUUUAUCGAUAUCAAAACGUACAUUCUGGUGCUUCUGCUGUUUGGCAUCGUUGCCGCUGGCUCAGUUACCAAUUUCUUCCCAACCGUAGUUGCAACCCUAAACUACAACAAAAUCCAAUCCCUCCUCCUAACCGCUCCACCCUACGUCUUAGCAGUCAUAACAGCCAUGACCAACGCCUGGCACGCCGACAAAACCGGCGAGCGCUUCCUCCACAUCGUUAUUCCCCUCUGUUUCGCCCUCAUCGCCUUCAUCAUCGCCGCCGUCACCACAUCCACCGGUCCCCGCUAUUUCUCCAUGAUGCUGAUGGUUCCCAGCAUUUACACCGGUUUCGUAGUAGCACUCACGUGGAUCUCGAACACGCUUCCCAGACCACCAGCUAAGAGAGCGACUGCAUUGGCUUUUAUCAAUAUGGUAUCCAAUGCCUCGAGUAUCUACGCAAGUUACAUGUAUCCCAGUAGUGCGGGCCCGAGAUACAUCGUGGCGAUGAGUGUUAACUGUGUAAUGGUUUUCAUGGCCAUGUGUGCGGCGCUUACGUUAAGAAUUAUGUUGGUGAGGUUGAAUAAGAAGUUGGAUAGGGGGGAUGCGGUGGAUGGAGCUGCUAAUGAGGAUAUAAGCGGUGCGAAUUUAUCAUCGUCACCACACAGGGACGGUCAUGAUGGUGGUGUAGCAUAUGGACGGUGA